GAAGUAUCAAACCAAUCGACCCGUCUCUCGCGCUCUCGAUAGCGCACUCGGGGGUGAGCAUCUCCACGGCUACCUUGUCAACGGUGGCCACAUCUCCAUUCCAGUGAUGGCUCGCUUAAUUUUAACAAGGAAUGUGGACGAAAAAGGGAAAUUUGAAUGAGGAAUGGGCUACUCUUGUUUUGUAGCAUAGGCCUAGUGUGCCUCCAAUGUACUAGAAAAAAUUGUAUUGGUCAUUAAUUCUGUACGUAGGUGAAGAAGCAGCAUGAGCCAUGGUAGUCUAUCUCUUCCGCAUGCUGAAGCCAUCAAAUCUUCAUGUUUCUUGGCUUUUGAAAAGCUACUAUUUCUCAUGGUCUUCUGCCAUAAGGAAUGCUUCCACUCCUCAUGAAGCCUUGCACUUAUACACUCAAAUGCAGCGCCAAUCCCUUCCCUUUGAUAGCUUCUCCAUUCUAUUCGCCCUCAAAUCAUGUGCUACUUUGCAGAACCUUUCCCUAAUUCACCACCUCCAUGCCCAUAUUCUUAAAAUUGGCUUCAAAACUCAUGUUUAUGUUGCCACUUCACUCCUUUAUGCUUAUGUCCUUUCUUCAUUUGGUGAUGCCUGUCACUUGUUUGAUGAAAUGCCUAACAGAAAUACAGUUACUUGGAAUACAAUGAUUACAGGCUAUUCUAAGUCCGGAGAUCUAGAAAUGGCACGCUUAAUCUUUGAGGAAAUGCCUUUGAGGGAUCUCGCAUCAUGGUCUGCCAUGAUUGCCGCAUAUAUGAAUAAUAGCUAUUGGGAUCAAGGACUGAUGCUCUUUCGGAAUAUGAUGUUGAAAGAGCAGUUGAGGCCUGAUCAGAUGACCUUGGGAUCAAUUUUAGCUGCAUGUUCUAACAUGGGUUCUAUUGGGUUGCAAGUAGGGAAAUCAAUUCAUGGUUUUACUGUGAAGAAUGCAUGGGAGUUGAAUGUGGAUCUUGGCACAAUUCUGGUUGACAUGUAUGCAAAGUGUGGAUUCUUGAAGUAUGCUUGCCGGAUUUUUGAACUGAUGCAAGAAAGAAAUGUCAUGGCUUGGACUGCACUGAUUUGUGGAUCAGCUCACCAUGGAUAUGGCCUAGAAGCAAUAUCAGUAUUUGAGACCAUGCAAGAAUUGGGUGUAAAACCCAAUGAAUUGACGUUCACAGGAGUUCUUAGUGCUUGUGCACAAGCAGGCUUGAUUGAAGAGGGCCGCAAAUAUUUUAAUAUGAUCAAAGAGUAUGGAUUGGAGCUGAAAAUUCAACAUUAUGGAUGCAUGGUUGAUCUGUUUGGCAAGGCAGGGCAGUUGCAAGAUGCAUAUGAGAUUAUUAAGACAAUGAGACUUGAACCCAAUGUUGUCAUCUGGGGUUCCUUUUUGUCCGCUUGUAAAGUGCAUAAGCAGUUUGAGAUGGCUGAGAGAGUGAUUGAGCAAGUUUUGGUGAUGGUAAAGCCUGAGAAUGAUGGAGGGGUUUAUACUCUUAUUUCUGAUUUGUAUGCUUUGAAUGGGAAGUGGAAUGAAGUGGAAAAUGUGAGGAAAUUAAUGGUUCACCAAAAUGUGAAGAAGGUACGGGGAUCUAGUUUUAUAGGAAGUGGAAAAGCGUAGUUGUUUUUAUAGUUCUAUCCAUUCUUAACAAAUUGUCAGUUUUUGCUUGUAAUUUUUUAAUGUUUCCAUAUUUUAAUUAAUGGAGAUCUUUCUUGUAGAAAAAAAAAAUUCUGAUUCCCAUAAAAAUGGGAAAAAAAAAAAAAAAAAACUCAUGAUUGAUGUCUGAAAAUGUGACUCUGAUGCCGAAGGCUACUAGAACUAAAACUUCUUUUGCUGGGCUGGCUUGAAGCAUGAAGCCCAAUGAGAGCCUGGAUUACUUCUCCCACUUUC